AUGGUCACCAAAGGCUGGCUUUUGCAUAGUGUCGUGGCCAUGGUCCUGAUCAUUGAAGUCUUCUCUCAAGAUUGUGGCCAAUUCCUCACCAGGUUAAGGCAAGCCAACAAGGCCAACCUGGAACUUCUCAACAGCAAGAUGAAUUCCACCAUUCCCCAACAAUGCAUUGAGGAUGUAUUCAGCUUCUCCCUGAAGAACAAACUCCCCUCAAACCUUGAUGUCUCUGAGGCGGAGAAUGCCAAGGUGGCCAUCCAAGAAGUCCUCCAGCAGACAGGUCACAUCUUCAGACAGAACUGUACUGAAAUGUUGUGGGAUGAGGAUUUCUUGAGAGCUUUCCAUGCUGGACUGGAUCAGCAGAGUGAGAACCUGAAGAGCUGCCUGAGUGCAUCUCCAAGGAGUCAGAGGAUCCAGCUCACCAGGCUGAGAGUGAAAAGAUACUUCCGAAGCCUGAAUGACUUUCUGAAAGAGAAAGAGUACAACCGGUGUGCCUGGGAGAUUAUCCAAAUCCAAGUCAAGCAAUGUUUUCUCUGGAUUGAAAAUCUCAUCCCAAUGAUCCGAAAUGAAGGUACUUACUUUGCUCAGUAUCAAACUGCAGCCAUUCAAAAUUUGAUUGCAUGA